AUGCCUAACGAACCAAUACAUUUUGAAAGCUUCAACCAUCUAGCCAAUAUAUUCUACAGCAGCAUUGGCCUGGAUGCCUACGAGAAAAUCGGCGAGCAACGAACGGGAAGACUUGCACAACUGCGCCGUCAAUUGCAACGCAUAUUUUUCUUCAUUACGAUGGCCAAUAUGAAUGUAACUUUGUUGAGCGAGAUUAUUUUCAUAUUUUUGGCUUUCGCAAAUGGCAAUAACUUUGUUGAGGCAACUAUGCUAUCUUCAUUCGUGGGCUUCGUCAUAGUUGGCGAUAUAAAAAUUUUCAGCAUAUGGCGUCAGCAUUCACGUAUUAGCUCAAUGAUGCAAGAUCUCUACGCGCUCUAUCCAAUCUCGGUGCGUGAACAGUUGUUCUACGAUGUGAAGGGGCAGCUGAAGUGUUACAAUCGAUUUGCAUAUGCUUUUGUUUUGUUGCACGAACUAUUAGUUUGGAGCUAUAAUCUCUUUCCGCUAUUCAACUAUUUAAUUUAUGAGCUGUGGCUAGAGGUGCGUACCGUAGGCAAAACGAUACCCUAUAACUGUUGGACGCCAUUUAAUUGGCACGAUAAUUGGCUUUACUAUCCAAUGUAUUUGACACAAUGUGUGGGUGGGCAAACUUGUCUCUCCGGACAAUUGGCCAAUGAUUUGCUGCUGAGUGCGGUGGCUGUGCAACUCAUUAUGCACUAUCGCCAGUUGGCCAAGCGCAUAGAGAGUCAUAUAGCUGGCAAUGGCGACGGUACCGCGACGCGGGAAAGGCAAAGAAUAAGCAGUCUGGAGCGCAGUGAGGUGGAUUUACGGUUUCUCCGCGGCAUUAUAGCCUAUCACCAGCAGAUUUUGAAACUCUCCCAGGCAAUGAAUGAUGUUUUCGGUAUAUCGUUGUUCAUCAGUUUCGUCUCCACAUCGCUGAUUAUUUGCUUUGUGCUCUUUCAAAUCACCAUCGGUGCUGCCGUAGAUUCGCUGAUUAUGUUGGCUUUCUUUCUCUUCUGUUCGUUGGUUCAAAUCUUUCUCAUCUGCUAUUAUGCACAUGGUCUCCUGGAAGCGAGCGAAUAUAUCGGCAGUGCUGUUUACAAUCACAAUUGGUAUGAUGCAGAUUUGCGUUAUAAAAAAAUGUUACUUGUCAUAAUGCAACGCGCUCAAAAGGCAGCUAAAUUACGGGCUACUUCUUUCGUCAUAGUAUCUAUGCCUACAAUGACGGAUGUGAGUACCAAAUAG